AAAAAAAUUCACUUCACUUUUUUUCAGCAAGCCUUUGAAAAAAGUUGCAACAGAGAAUAUUCUUCUGCUUUCACAACAAUAACAACAAGCUUUCUAGAAGUGCAAGCUCGUUGUGUGCAAUUACACUCUCAUUUGUAGUGGUAGUAUUGAAUAUAUAUUGGUUGAUCUUUAGAGAUUUUCCGAAUCAGUUCUAUUCUCCUGAUCAAUUUAAUCCUCUCGUUCUUGACUGACUAUAACGUCCAAUAUAUUGUAAAAUGUCUUCUGCAGCAGUUUGUGGAUUUAUCGAUAGUAAGAAUGGAUUAUUAAGUAGUUUUGUUAAUAGAUGGAGUUGGUAUGUCAACGAGGGUGUUUUCUCAACACCAGACCAUCCUCCUCAGAAUUUUGGUUUAUUACUUCCUGUGAUGAGUGUUUUGAGUUUAAUCUUUCACUCUCUAAUGUAUGCUUACGGAUCAGAUUGGUUUUCAAAGAAAUAUAGCACUACUUUUAAGAAGAAGAUUUUUGGCGAGGAAAAAGAAAGAAGAGAAUGGAAUAGUAGAAUUGUUUCUAAUAUUCAUGCAAUUCUUUCUUCACUAAUUUCAUUGUACUGUAUCGUAUUUGUUUAUCUGCCAUCCCCUAACGUUGGAAUUUUGUCACUUUCCGAUCGUUCAUGCAUUUUCUUGAUUGGCUAUUGUGUUGGCUACUUUUUAUAUGACUUGUACAUUGUUGCAAGAAAUUAUCCUCACCUGGGAGGUAUGGAAACAGUUCUCCACCAUUCUAUUUCAAUAGUUGCAUUGCUUGGAAGUGCUGUCUGGGAAAAAUGCAUAGUAUUGAUGGUUAUCAUGAUGUUUACUGAAAUUUCUACACCUUUUGUGAAUCAAAGAUAUUUCUUUUCUAAAUGCAAUAUGAAAGAUUCCAAAUUAUAUGCUUAUAAUGGCAUCUUGAUGUGGUUGACAUUCGGUAUUGUUAGAAUUUCAUUCUGCUUUUACAUACCACAUUUGGUUUGGGAAGAUUCUGAAACUUGGUGUUCAUUCCCACUUGGUUGGAUUAUUCUUGUAACUCUAAUGAUUGGUUCAAUUUGUAUUUUAAAUAUUUUCUGGUUCUAUAAGAUUACUAUGGGUCUCGUUCAAGUUGUUUUUGCCAAGAAGCAACCAAGUUCAGUGCCAUCCACAUCCUCCACUCCAAGUACUCCUGAUCGUAUCAAUGUUAAGGAAAAGAAAUGUGAUGAAGACGAUGAUGACGAAAGGGAAUUGGACGAAAAAGUUGCCACAACUUUACCUUUAAUAAGAAGAUAACCAUAAAAUGUAUUAUAUUUC